GAUACAAUUAGCAUACCUUUGGUAAAAAUACAAGCUUCCUAAUCAAUAAUGACUGUCACAGAAUUCCCACCCCUUCUUUCACAAGAUGAUAUGCAAAAAUAUAAUGUCCCAUUAAAGUGGAGAGAUAGAUGUGCUGCUUAUUACGCUCUUUAUAACACAUGUCUUGUUAGAGAAAGAAACAGUUCUAAAAUUGAUUGUAAGCAUGAUAAGCAUGCUUGGGAAGAAUGUGAAUUCUUAGAUUUACAAAGAAGAAAGCAAGAAUUGGAAGAAGCUAAGGACAAGAGAAGAGCUGAAUUAAAACAACAAGCUUCUAAUUAGAUAGUCUGUUUGCCAACCUAUUGUUUCACUACCACGAUUUUAUUUAUAUUUUAUGUUUCAUUGAAUUGCGUUUGUAAAAGGUAUUACUCCUGAUUAAGUGAAAACAUGGUUUAAAUGCAUUUCUAUGAUACACACUGACUUCACAUUGCAUGCGUGGAGAAGUAUAAUACGUUGAUUUCCACGUCUUUUUAUUUUAAGGUUUGAAGGGUCAGAUGUCUGACCAAGAGUUGAUUGAGUUUGUAACAUAGAUUAGUUAAUGAAAGUAUCAUUUUCGAAUUUCUUCUUCGUAUACUCAUUUAAAGAAUAGGAAUUAGUUUUUACUAUAUAACGAGAUAAAUUUCUACUCAUUUUUUUACAGUCUGUGCAACCUAUGACUUGUAUAUUUGAAACUCGUGAAGAGUAUCAAACACAAUUUUGAAAAAUUAAACAUCAUAAAUUCCUUAAAAGUUCAAUUUAUCUCCGCUGUCCACACUCUAUAUCGAUUGAGAAUACGAAUAUAAAGCUCUAUCUAUUUUCGGAGGUUUUAUAAAUUUACUAUCU